AUGGCCCCCAUUUCCGCCCUCUUCUCCGCCAUCCUCCUCCCGGCCCUCGCCUUCGCGCAAUCCAGCGGCAGCAGCAGCACCACAAUGUCGGCGUCCGCGUCGAAAACCACCGCCGUCACAACAUCCAGCUCCACCAGCGGCACCACGACGGCCACGUCCAGCACCGGCUACCCGUCGGCGACGCUGGCCGUCAACCAGGGCAGCAAGGGCUACGAGUACGCCGGGUGCUGGAACGAGACGAUCGGUUACGCACAGGCCGGCGGCGUGCGCGCGCUGGCCGGCACCAUCAACGCGACAGACUCGAUGACCCCGGAGGUCUGCUUCGAGCUUUGCGACGGCUCGCAGUUUGCUGGGCUGGAAUACGGACGGGAGUGCUACUGCAGCCCGUACCUCUCGUCCCUGUCGACCGAGCUGCCUGAGGGCGCAUGCGGUAUCCCAUGCAAGGCGAACGAGACGGAGGCGUGUGGCGGCUCCUGGGCGCUGUCGUUGUACAACCGGACGAGCGGCGCCAUGAGCUGGGGCCCCGGCGCGGCAGGAACGCACGCGAUCUGGAGCGCUGUGGUGGUUGCGGGUGUGACGGUUGCGGCUGGGUUUGUUAUGGAUCUGUGA